GCGGUCGCACGGCCGGUCUCUAGAGCUGUCCCCGCCCCCUCCGCUGCCAGCCGCGACUGCGCGCGCAGAGCCUCUGAGGGCGCCGGCGGGAAGGGAGGCGGCGGGUAAGCAGUUCCUGCGUCCGGUGUCUGUGUCCCACAGGGUUGGGAGCGUCCCCGUGGCUGGCCCGGCCGGGAAGACGCUAGCUUCCCCGGCGCACUUGUCCUCGGCUUCCCUGCCGUCACCUCCGGAGGCCGUCUGACCGACCAAGCGUUGUCGCCGUCGCCGCAGCUUCCUCCGGUCUACAGCGCCGCGGCCUCUGCUUCCCCCCACCCCCACUGGGGAAGCCCCCAGCCGGCCCCUGCCCCUGAUUUCUGCCGGCUUGGUGGUGAAAUUCCUUACCAGCUUGCGCCGUCAGUGGCACCGAGUUGAUUCCCUGCGUAUAGUGUCGAUCGGUUUAGGGAGAACGCUAGCUACAGCGUCCAACUCACGCACAAAGAGUCUCCGUUUUGACGCUCGACUGGAGUUCUGGCCCCCAACUGUCAGAUGCUCUUGAGAGGAAGAUCGAGGCCACCAAAACAGGGUAGAAGCAGAUAAUGAUCAACAGUCUCUUUAAUUAACCUGUGAUCAUCAUGUCUAAGGAGGAGUGUGCUCAGGCCGGUGAUAGUUCAUUUUCCUCUGAGAAACAUGCCCAGCUCAUCUUGGCCCAAAUCAAUAAAAUGAGAAAUGGACAGCAUUUCUGUGAUGUACAGCUACAAGUUGGGAAGGAAACCUUUCAAGUUCAUCGGCUGGUUCUGGCUGCCAGUAGUCCAUACUUUGCAGCUUUGUUCUCUGGAGGAAUGAAAGAAUCCUCAAAAGAUGUUGUACAGAUUCUAGGAGUUGAAGCUGGAAUCUUUCAGUUGCUUCUAGAUUUCAUUUACACAGGAUUAGUGACCAUAGCUGUGAACAAUGUUCAGGAGUUGAUUGUUGCAGCAGACAUGCUACAGUUGACGGAAGUUGUUAAUCUCUGCUGUGAGUUUCUGAAAGGACAAAUUGAUCCACAGAACUGCAUUGGACUCUUCCAGUUCUCUGAGCAAAUUGCCUGCCAUGAUCUUUUGGAAUUUACAGAAAACUAUAUUCAUGUUCAUUUCUUGGAGGUUCACAGUGGAGAAGAGUUCCUGGCACUUACGAAAGAUCAGCUGAUCAAAAUUUUACGAAGUGAGGAGCUUAGCAUUGAAGAUGAAUACCAAGUCUUCUUAGCUGCAAUGCAGUGGAUUCUGAAAGACCUGGGAAAGAGAAGAAAACAUGUGGUAGAAGUGUUGGAUCCAAUUCGAUUCCCUUUAUUACCAUCUCAGAGGCUUUUAAAGUACAUAGAAGGAGUAUCUGACUUUAAUCUUCGAGUUGCGUUGCAAACACUUUUGAAAGAAUAUUGUGAGGUCUGCAAGUCUCCCAAAGAGAACAAGUUUUGUAGUUUUCUACAGACAUCCAAAGUUCGACCUCGGAAGAAAGCGAGAAAAUACCUGUAUGCAGUAGGUGGAUAUACACGGUUGCAGGGGGGCCGUUGGAGUGAUAGCAGAGCCCUCAGCUGUGUAGAACGUUUUGAUACCUUUAGCCAGUACUGGACUACUGUAUCUUCGCUUCAUCAGGCUCGAUGUGGACUUGGAGUAGCGGUUUUGGGAGGGAUGGUCUAUGCUAUUGGAGGUGAAAAGGAUUCAAUGAUUUUUGACUGUACUGAAUGCUAUGAUCCAGUUACUAAGCAAUGGACAACUGUUGCUUCGAUGAAUCAACCCCGAUGUGGCUUGGGAGUAUGUGUGUGUUACGGGGCUAUCUAUGCUUUGGGUGGGUGGGUUGGAGCUGAGAUUGGCAAUACCAUUGAACGAUUUGAUCCUGAUGAAAAUAAAUGGGAAGUUGUUGGUAACAUGGCUGUGUCUCGAUACUACUUUGGGUGCUGUGAAAUGCAAGGUUUAAUUUAUGUAAUUGGAGGAAUCAGCAAUGAGGGACUGGAGCUUCGUUCUUUUGAAGUUUAUGAUCCACUUUCCAAGCGUUGGUCUCCACUUCCUCCUAUGGGAACCAGAAGAGCGUAUCUUGGGGUGGCAGCACUCAAUGACUGCAUCUAUUCUAUUGGAGGGUGGAAUGAGACACAAGAUGCUCUUCACACUGUAGAAAAAUACUCCUUUGAAGAGGAGAAGUGGGUUGAAGUUGCUUCAAUGAAAGUGCCUAGAGCAGGCAUGUGCGUUGUGGCAGUCAAUGGUCUCCUGUAUGUUUCUGGAGGCCGCUCUUCUAGCCAUGAUUUCUUGGCCCCAGGUACCUUGGACUCAGUUGAAGUUUACAACCCUCAUUCAGAUACAUGGACAGAAAUUGGUAACAUGAUCACUAGUCGUUGUGAAGGUGGUGUUGCUGUACUAUGACGCAGAAAGCAUAAAUACACAAGGAACAUUUUGAAAAUGUAGGUCCUGACCCUUUAUAAAUCAAAGAUAUAUUUGUGAUAUGACCUUAUUUUUUUGAGGAUUAUAUAUAUUGAAUAGAUGAGUGAUUUUUUUUCCUAAAAAUUUGAACAAGAAUGGAUGUGGAAUAUAUCUUAAUAAAGAACUCACUAAUUUGCAAAGCUUAGCAACCAUAGAAAUGGUAUUUAUGUCCUACAGUUAUUCAAUUAUCAAUAGAAUCUUACUUGUUAAAAUUGUUUGCUAGAAAAUUCUAGGAAAUAGUGCCUUUGGCUACUUCUCUAGGGCAGUUCAAGUUGUAACAUAGCCUGUAUACAAUGUAAGGAUAAUCUCCAUGAGACAUUUUAAAGAUUUCUAUAAUUCAUGAUUUGGUCCAGAACAUAGUUUCCAUGGUAUCAUUUGACCUACAGAGAAAAGCCACUGAAACUGUCCUUCAAUGGCAGGAGUUUUCACUGUCCCCAAGUAAAAGUACUAGAAGAUUAGGAAGGGCGUAUAUCUGUUUUUUGUUUGUUUGUUUUGUUUUGUUUUUUGAGAUAGGGUCUC